AUGGUAGGCAAGCCCGCACGCUUGCGUUCUGGCCGCAUUCCGACGGGAGGUGAAGGCGACAGUAUCAGGAAUGACUACGGCGACGCGAGCGGCGAGCAGGGCGGCAUGAUGCCGGGCGAGCUGGUGGAGUCCAUCGAGACGUUCAUCCGCCACCACGCGGAUCUCGCCGACGACUCCGUCACUGCAUUGGCCAACGUGGCAUAUUUCCUGUUCGCAAUGUCAGAGCUCACCCACCAUCCGCUCGCUCCACACAUACCCAGGGGUCUGCGGCAGAGCAUGGCUCAGGUGGUGCGCAGCUCCAAGGAGGGCCUGCUGGUGUGGCGCGCUGCCUCCCUACUCGCACUCACGGAGUCCUCCGGGGGGAACGAGGUGAGGGCGAGGGGUGGGGGGAGAGGGGCCGGCUCCAAGGUGGAGCUGCUGGUGUGGCGCGCUGACUCCCUGCUCGCACUCACUGAGGCCUUCGGGGGCAAGGAGGUGAGGGAAGAAGGGUGGAGGGGGAGCGAGAGCCUUGCAGGUCUCUUCUCCGCAGCAGCCAAGGCAGUGACGGCUAUGCAGCAAGGCAGUAGUGAUGCAGACGAUGCUGACGUGGAGGCUGACGUGGAUGCUGACGUGAAGGCUGAUGUGGACGCUGGCAGGGGCGGGGAGAAGAUAAGCGAGGAGGCCACGGAAGUGGAGGGGGGCACAAAGGAAGAGAAGCAAGCGGAAGGUGAACAGAAAGAAGAGGAAGCUGCCAGGAAGGAUCAGCACGUGAGCGAAGGGAGGAGUGAAGGGGUUGAGAGAGAAGAGGACGUGAAAGAAAGGGGAGAGGAGGAAGGUGUAGAGGAAGUGCGGGUUUCAAGGGGAGCGGGUAGAGGGAGGGGGAAGAAGAGGCGGGGGAGGGGGGGAAGGGCAGGUGCGGCUGGGCGGAGGGUGCGGGGGAAGCGGGCUGCUGAGGGGGAGAAGGGGGAGAACGAGGGGAGGGUGAGUGGGGGUGCUGAUGAUGGGGGAGUGAGUGAGGUGGAGAUGGUGGGGGAAGGGGGUGAUGAUGAAGUGCUGGAGGUUAGUGGGAGUGAGAUUGAGGAGGUGACGGGGAGUGUGGUGGAGAGUGGUGCGGUACAGUGUAGUGCUUUGGAAGUGGAAGAAAGUCGGGACGUGAAAGAGUGUGUAGAAGUGAAAGAGGGUGAGAAAACGAAAGAGUGUGAGAAAGUGAAAGAAACUGCGGAAAUGAAAGAGAUUGAAGAAGUGAACGGGGAUGAGGAAGUGGAGGAGUGUGUGGAAGUGAAAGAGAGUGAGGAAGGAGUGGAAAUGGUGAAGGAUGCGGCAGAAGUGAUUUCAAGCUGCAAUCAGCGUGUUGCUGCAGGGCGCUCAGGGGAGGUAUCGCUGGUGAAGGUGGCACCUGGAGCAGGCAGCAGCGUACAGCCAGUCACUACCAGGGUGCUGAGAUCACAAGACAAUAGAGAGGUGUCGAGUGCGGUGGAAAGAGAUGCUGGAGGGUCACACGGGGGAGCAGUAGCUGGCGGAACGGAGGCAUAUGGAAAGGGGGAUGGAGGGGUGGGGAAGAAAGCAGGGAGAGCGGAGGAUGCGGAGCAGGAGGAAGCUGCAGCUGACGAGGCCUUGUGCCAGUCACUGGCAUCGUGCCGGCUGCUGCUCCUAAUCAUCGAUGCUCUUCUGAGGGACUUCCACCACCACCGCCACACGCUGCUCACCACUCGUGAGUACUCCUGCCCUGUCUGCCUUCCCCCCCACCAUCCCCGGCUGCUGCUACUAAUCAUCGACGCUCUUUUGAGGGAUUUCCACCACCACCGCCACAAGCUUCUCGUGACUCGUGAGCACUCCUUUCUUCCUUUGAGAAACAGAGGCCGGGGUUUCCAAUGGGUGGAGCAGCUGUGGGAGAGUGUGGUGGUGCUCACUCACGCUCUUGCCUCUCCCCCUCCAUCUCUCUUUGGCCUGGCUCGAGCAGCUCAGCUGCUGCUGGGUGCUGUGUUGGAUCUGCAUGGUAUCAUAGCGGACAACGAUGGGUACCGCAGAGCCAGGAAUGAGAAGGAGGCGCUGGAGGAUCGACUGGUGAGACUCUUCGCGUUGGAGCCCAGCGUUGCCAAGAAGAGCUUCUUCAUGCAGGUGGGGAGGGAAGAGCUUCUUCAUGCAGGUGGGGAGGGAAGAGCUUCUUCAUGCAGGUGGGGAGGGAAGAGCUUCUUCAUGCAGGUGGGGAGGGAAGAGCUUCUUCAUGCAGGUGGGGAGGGAAGAGCUUCUUCAUGCAGGUGGGGAGGGAAGAGCUUCUUCAUGCAGGUGGGGAGGGAAGAGAUUCUUCAUGCAGGUGGGGAGGGAAGAGCUUCUUCAUGCAGGUGGGGAGGGAAGAGCUUCUUCAUGCAGGUGGGGAGGGAAGAGCUUCUUCAUGCAGGUGGGGAGGGAAGAGCUUCUUCAUGCAGGUGGGGAGGGAAGAGCUUCUUCAUGCAGGUGGGGAGGGAAGAGCUUCUUCAUGCAGGUGGGGAGGGAAGAGCUUCUUCAUGCAGGUGGGGAGGGAAGAGCUUCUUCAUGCAGGUGGGGAGGGAAGAGCUUCUUCAUGCAGGUGGGGAGGGAAGAGCUUCUUCAUGCAGGUGGGGAGGGAAGAGCUUCUUCCUGCAGGUGGGGAGGGAAGAGCUUCUUCAUGCAGGUGGGGAGGGAAGAGCUUCUUCAUGCAGGUGGGGAGGGAAGAGCUUCUUCCUGCAGGUGGGGAGGGUGCAUGUGCACUGA